AUGUCCGCAGAUUCAGAGGAUCACCACCUCGACUCUCUCAGUCGUCUGACUCUUGAAAACUCCUCGCAAGAGUCACUCUUCUCAUCAGAUAGGCUUGGAAGCGCAUCCCACAUCAAUCGACUGCCCGUAGAGCUGCUUUGCCGCGCUUUCUGCUGGUUGCCACACUUCGACGCAGAAGAGAUCGGGGUGACGCUCAAUGCCCGCACGCCUCCGUGGGUACCCGUUAUCCACGUCUGCUCCUCAUGGCGCAGUGCUGGCAUGCGAUGCAAAGAGCUUUGGUCGUGGAUUCCGCUGGGCCAUCCUGAAUGGACCAAGGUCGCUCUGCGCCUUUCUGAUCCUGUACCGAUCGCUGUCCGUAUACCAGGGGAAGAGAUAUUCUUCGCGCGCUUUGAAGAGGACGUGUCUCCCGCUCAUAAGCUUAUGAAGGACGCGUUCGAUACCAUGGCUGAUCACUGGUCGCGAGUGUGGCACCUCGAUCUGAGAAUGGCUCGCCCCGAAUCGGCAUAUGAGGAAGAUGGCGAGCUGCAUACAGCUUAUAUUCGCGCUCGCCAGAUGCUUUCUCCUUUGCGCGAGGCUCGCAUGGACAAGCUCAUCAGCGUCUACUGCGCGCGCGUUGACCUCCGCCUCGAAUCUCUCUUCGAUGAGAGUUGGUUGGCUCACGUACGGCACUUGAAGUUUACCGCUGCUUAUAUCCACGAUGGUCUCCGUUUCUCACAUCUACCGCUUGUUAGCCUGUCCAUCAAUCUUGCCUUGCAUUAUGUGUCUUUUUCUGAGUGGCUGUUGAUGUUUGAACACCUAGACUCUUUGGAGAUACUACGUAUCUGGGAUGGAUUGAAGCAAUCCCGAGUGAACGAAAUAUUCGGCGAGCUGCCGUUCCGUCGUGUACUGUUUCCCCGCCUCAAAGAACUGUCUCUCAUGAGAUCACCGCCCCUCAUGGGCCUCUACUUACGAUGCUUCGAUAUACCGUUGACGGCUCAGUUGGACGUUAGCUGGUGGGCCACCGAUUUCGACGUCCCGCGAACGUUCAUACCAGAGUUGCUCGUCGUUUCAGAAUGGCCUGCAAUGGAUGAUUGGGGUGACAACGCCAACACUCUCGGUCAUAGAUUGUACCGACUGAGUAUACAUCUGUGCAGAACCUUGUUGAAUCACGUUCACAAGGUGGUCACCGACGCCCAACAUCCCACCCCUUUCGACCCCAGUGCUUUCACGCUUCCGCACACCUUUGAAAGUGAUCAGGAUAAUGGUGGAUUGACGAUGAAUGGCCUUGUUUGGGCUCCGAAGUCGUCGACAUUGGUGUGUAUGUGGGCCAGAGGCAAUCAGCCGCUGUAUCAAGACAUGUUUGGGGUGAUAGGCUCCAUGGAAACCUAUAUGGAAUGGAUCUGGCUCAUCGAUACAAUGAGAAGCGCUGAUGAUCUGGCUGACUAUGCAAGGAGGCACCCGGUGCCUGCAGCCCUGUCCUGUAGAUUCGAAGAUGAUGCAUAUAAGCGCGCCGGGCUGGCGACCUUGACACUGGUUGCCUUACAACACGUUGACUUCACGAACCCCUUGCUACAGCCUUAUUUCAUGGCCCUAUCGGGUCUUCUACUUGUGAAGGACCAAGACCUGAUCACGGUCCGAUAUGAUAUCGUGAUCCUGUUCCCCUUUGGACUGAAGUUGACGGAAGCGCAGAGGACGUACAUCCUGCAGUUUAGGGUCAGGAUGUCUGACCAUAUCGAGGGCUAUCCAUAUGUGGAGUUUGAGGAUACCGACGCGUACGCUUAG